AUGGGCUGGGGCGGUACACUCUGCGUCGUCAACGCCACGCCGUACACAUGGAUUCGCACAUUCCAACCCGACGCCGGCGCCGGCGACAUGAGCGACUGGUCCCUUCCCGAGAAGAUUAAGCCGGGAGAGAUCGUCGACGUCUACGCCGAGUUCAAAACAGCCACAACCCACGACUGGGCCCUCACGCAGUACUCCUUCGGCGACCACUCACCCGCCAUCGAACUCGGCAUCAACGGCAGCGACUUUGGCAACGGAUUCUACUACCUGCACCUCAUCGACGUCUCGACCCUCGGCAACCCCAAAGGCGCAAGGAUCGAGACCCCAUUCGUCCACAAUGGCAGCGCGUUCCUCUUCCUCGGCGGCACGGAGGAUUCCUUCAUCUCCUCCAACCCGCCGGGACGCACAUGGAUGAGCGAUACCCUGUCCGCCAUCGGAGAGCAGACCCUGCGCACGAUCUGCCUGCUCGAGUCCCACGACGCGGGCAUGAGCCUCGACAAGCUCAUCACCAAGACGUCGCCCUUCGUCACCCCCGCCAACGUCCGGACCCAGACGCGCCACAUUGGCGAGCAGCUCGCGGACGGCGUGCGCUUCUUCGACGUCCGGCCCGUGGUCUCGUCCGGAGCGUACUUCACGGGCCACUACAGCAACACGCGGACGCCGCUGCGCUGGCAGGGCGCGAACGGCGUGUCCAUCGCCGAGAUCAUCGCACACGUCAACCUCUUCACGGCGUCGUGCGCCGAGCUCGUCAUCCUCGACUUCUCGCACGCGUACGACAGCGACUCGGCGUUCGUCGACUUUGACCAAAAGCAGUGGGACGGGCUAUUCGCGCUCCUCGCGAGCCCGUCGACCGGUCUGAGACACCUCUACCAUGCGCCCGCCGGCACGGGAGAUCUCACGACGUUGACCGUCAACGACUUCAUCGGCAAGGGCAGGGCCGCGGUGGUGUGCCUGAUCGAGGCGGGGCGGCACAUCCGCAUCCCCGCGGCGUACGAGGGGAAGGGGUUUUACACCAAAUCGCGGUCCUUUCCGGUGCGGCCGGCGGUGGCUUACUCGAAUACGGACCACGUCGGGGUCAUGACGGAGGACCAGCGGAAGAAGCUGGCGCGGUACAAGACGCGGCGGGAGGCGCCGGUGGUGGAGACGAGCUGGACUCUGACGCAGGUGACGGGCGCGGAGGCGGCGGGGUUCGGGCCGUCGAUUCUGGACCUCGCGUACCGGGCGAAGAACAAGCUGUUUCCGAGCCUGUGGAGGUAUUGCAGCGCGGAUUCGUUUCCGAAUCUGCUCGUGUUGGAUAACGUCGAUUCUACGGAUUACUUGGCGCUGGCGAUGGCUAUCACCUGGUGGUUCAGUCUUCACGGGAAGGAGCGCGGGGUUAUGUGUACUGUGUUGUAA